AUGCAGUCUAUUGAUGCCACCAUCGGUCCUGCUGAAGCCUGUGCAGCGAUCUCCUUCUUUUUUUACGGUGUCAUGGCUAUGCAGGUGUACUUGUAUUGCCAGUCCGAUUUUUUGGAAGAUUCACUUUUGACUAAGUCAACUGUCAUCUUGAUUUGCAUCGUCGAAACGGUCCAUACCAUAUAUAUCGGCAUAUACAUCUAUUCAUGCACCAUAACGCACGCUGGAGACGCCGAGUACGCCACGCUCUUGGUGAUACCACUGCAGGUGAUCGUCGGUUCUGGCCUGGUCAUAGUCGUUGUGGUCCAGAUUUUUUUCUCGUGGCGUGUAUAUGCUCUGUCGAAGAGCUGGAUUGUUGCUGCCGUACUGAAGGUUGUCUCCUCGAUUCGGGCUUGCGGAAUGAUCAGUUUGAGAGUGGUGCUCCCCGAGCAUCUAACAAGCAUCCAUGAUUAUAUCAUCGACAAUCGCUGGCUCAUCGUGACUCUCUUCAGUAUGACCUGGUUCAUCGACAUAUUCAACACAGGUAUGCUUGUAUAUUAUCUACUUCGUGAUGGCACUUAUUCUCGGAAAACUCAAAAGAUAAUAGAAAAGAUAAUCAUGUGGACCGUCGAGACAGGGAUUUUGACCUGUAUCUUCAGUACAACGAUGAUGGUUCUGGGGCACAGCGAUUUGGAUGAGCCUGGGAUUCACUGUCAAAUGAUGAUCCUGAUAAUUUCUGUCCUCGUUUAG